AUUUGGAUUAUUGAACAAUUCAGUUGACGUGAGCGUGAAAAAUGGGAGAACUGGUGACGAAAGAGUGGCUGAAGCAGAUGCUGGAAGGCAGUGGAAGAUUCGGUGACCACAAUGUGGAAAUUUGUUUGUUGGAAUCGAAACGCGCUCUGGCGAAGGGUGAAAAUUAUAUGACCAUUCCGAUUAGAUGCCACGUGGUUGUCGUUGUCGACAGAGAAGAACACAGUCUUGAUCUGUUCAUCAAGAUAUUGCCUGCUGGACCUGAACACAGAGCCCUUGCCGAGAGUUUCAAAGUGUUCCAAACAGAAGCUCUGGUGUACAACGAGCUCAUUCCCGAAAUCACAAAAAACGUGGAAUCGCUGGGCUUGUCAAAGGAAUGCUUGCCAAAUUUUCCGAGGUCUGUUUUCUGCAAAGGGACGGGAGAUGAUGCAGUCAUUUGCAUGGAAGACCUCGGCAGACUUGGAUACCGUUUGUCAAAUCGGUAG